AUGCCACCCAAGGAAUCUACAGACCAGAUACCGACCGAGAUACAGACCGAGACUCCAUUCUCGAGAAAAGUGGGUCAAGUGAGAGAUUUCUUCUCGGUUCCCGCACCCAUCAAGAGACUCUUCGAUGUGGUGCCGGUCGUGGUAUACCCGGCCAAUGCUCUUCCACAGCGUACGCCCAAAUCCGCCAGGAUACCGAGUCUUUAUAUAUUCAGUAAGGAGUGGGACGCUGCGGCGGGAAGGCCCUCGGUCAAUCCUAGCUGUUUGAAAUGGCAGACUUUCUUGAACAUAGCAGGCAUUGAUCACCGCCUAAUAUCCUCGAACAACCACGCCUCUCCCUCAGGCUCCUUGCCCUUCCUUCUCCCGGCCGCCCACAGCUCGAAUGGCGUACAGGAGAGCCCACUCCCAAUUGCUUCCAACAAGUUUGUAAAAUACGCUGCAGAACAUGGUGGCAGGGUAGACGAGCCAACCAGCAUACGUUACCCGGCAUAUCAGUCUCUACUUGACCACAGGAUAAGGAACGCUUGGCUCUUCACAUUGUACCUCGAGCCCCUCAAUUUCUCGGCAGUAGCAUAUCCCAUUUACGUCUCUUCAACCUCUUCGAACCCGAUCGUCCGAGCUUCACUAUCUCAUCAAUUGCAAGCAGCAGCCGAAGCGGAAAUUCUGAAACAAACACCAGUCAUAGACUCUGCCGACCUAUACAGUGAAGCGGACAAGGCUUUUGAAGCACUUUCUAUUCUGCUUGGGGAGGACUGGUGGUUUUUUGGGAACGACAAGCCAGCCUUAUUCGAUGCAAGCGUGUUUGCUUACACUCAACUACUUCUGGACGAUGAUCUGGGAUGGAAGGAAAAGAAGCUCUGUAGGGCGUUGAGAGCUAGAGAGAACCUUGUAAAACACCGUGAGAGGUUACUUGUAAGAUAUUACGGCGGAUGA